UUUCCCAAUAUUCACUGUGCAACUGCCUGACUUAAGAGUUAGCCACCCUACGGAUAUGAAAGCAGUUGACAGAGUUUCGCCGUCCCAGUUACGAAAGUUGGUCAGCUGUUUUGAUAAGUGUAAAACAUGUGCCUCGAUGAUAGUUAGCUUUCAAUUUUACGGCACUGAUUGUGUGCUUAAGCAGCAACGCUCAGUGAGCUUAUUUAGUGCAUAAAUAAAACUUGUUAGCAGAUGUCCGACUGAUGCACACAUGGACUUUACCAGCGUACUAGAGAACUGCGGGGCAUUCGGGCCCUUUCAGCAUGUGAUACUACUUCUAUAUGGCUACACGAACAUACUCAGCUCGCUGCAUUACUUUUCGCAAACUCUCAUCACUUUUACUCCAGAGCAUUGGUGUUACCAUGAAGAUCUAGAGAAUCUGACCUCUUCAGAUCUUCGCUUGAUAUACGCAAAUGUCACCUAUAAGUCGUGCACCCAACUUGAGAGAGUGGUCAAUGGUACGGGCAUUGCAGCAAAAAGUGGACAAUGCGACGAUUGGAUAUUCAUGCGAGAACAGGGCUACGAGAGCAUCACAACUGAGCUAAAAUGGGUGUGCGACAAGUCGCAUCACUCGGCCGUAGGCCAAUCGUUCUUCUUCAUUGGCUCAGUUGUUGGCACCAUAACAUUUGGAAAUCUAUCCGAUCGCAUUGGACGUCUGCCGGCCUUGCUGCUGGCCACAUUGGCAGGUGCAUCGGGAGAUUUCCUUACCUCGUUCGUCCACAGCUUACCACUAUUUGCGUUUUCCCGCUUUGUCUCCGGACUCUCGACCGAUACCAUGUACUAUUUGAUGUAUAUUUUGGUAUUCGAGUACCUCAGUCCCAAACAUCGCACCUUUGGACUUAACAUUGUACUCGCCUUCUUUUACUGCUUCGGACUGAUGAGCUCACCAUGGCUAGCCAUCUGGAUUGGCGAUUGGCGGCAUUACUUGUGGCUAGCUUCGUUGCCCGCUCUGGCAGUGCUCGCCUAUCCGCUGUUCAUCUGUGAGAGCGCUCAGUGGCUGCUCACCAAGCAGCGAUACGAUCGGGCCGUGCAGUGUCUCAAAUGGGUAGCUAAGUUCAAUGGUCGACAAGUGGAGGACUCUGUGUUCAGCAAAUUCAUCAGUUACUAUCGUGAGAAAAUGAAGGAUGAACUGAAGCCGACAACCGAUGAGGACACAUUCCUGGGAAUGUUCCGCACCCCUAAUCUGCGGCGCUGCACGCUCUGCCUGCUGCUGAAAUCCGUCAUCAUUACACUGUCCUAUGAUGUGAUGAAUCGCAAUAUGGAGGGACUGGGCACUUCGCCUUUCAAGCUGUUCUCUUACACGUCCAUUAACUAUUUGCCAGCGGGCUGCACUAUACUGCUGCUCCAAAAUAGUAUCGGUCGCAAGGGCAUGGCCUGCGGAGCGUUGCUGGUGGGUGGCAUCAUAACCACUGUGACGGGCUUCCUGAUUGCCUUCCUGGAUCCGAAAGAAAAUGCUCUUCUGCUUGCCGUCAUGAUUGGCCUGGGUCGCUAUGGCGUUACGGUCUCCUAUGAUGCGGAAAUCCAAUAUGCCGCCGAGAUUAUACCGACAAGCGUGCGGGGGCGUGCGCUCUCCAACAUACACGUCGUUGGGCUGGCCUCCAACUCGCUAGUCUUCUAUGUGAUCUACCUGGCCAAGUUCUAUAAGCCUCUGCCAUCUAUAUUCAUUAGUUGUUUAAUGUUCAUAGGCGCUGGCAUAUGUCUAACUCUGCCGGAAACUUUGAACAGAAAGCUGCCGGAAAAUCUGGCGGAGGCAGAAGCUUUCGUUAAGCAAGAGACUGGCCAGUGCCUUUCGUUGUUUCCCAAACGAGAACCAAUUUCAUCGACAGCAAUUUAAGGAUUUGCAGUUUGAGUUCCAAAUUUGUUUUGCAAUAUGCAAAGUACAAACAUACUAUGUAUGCUCUUAACAAAUUACACAGCAACUUUAAUGGGUAGAUGAAACUAACUAUUUGUAUGAAUAAUUGUGGAUAAUACAACGACUUUCUUUCAUGGUCAUG